GGUGCCAGUCUAUGUCCUGGCUGCUCCGCUUCUGAUCCACCUCUCUGCUAGUGGCCUGGGGGAACAGCAGAGGAUGGCCCAAGUGCUUGGACCCUUGUACCUGAGUGGGAGACCUGGAGGAGGCACCUGGCUCCUGGCUUUGGAUCGGCCCAACACUGGCUGUUGCGGCCACUUGGGGAGUGAACCAGAGGAUGGAAGACUCUCUCUCUCUCUCUCUCUCUCUCUCUCUCUCUCUCUCUCUCUCUGCCUCUCCUCCCUCUGUAUAACUCUUUCAAAUAAAUAAAUAAUUUAAAAAAAUAAAAAUAACAAUGAGCACUUCCAGAUCUUCAGGAGAGGAUGGGUCCCUUUUUCCUCUACUCAACACCACCAUACACAUAAACACACACCCACACACAUACACAAACAUGUACACACACAAACCCCACCCAACCCCCAUCUUUCCAAAGAGCCAAGGGAACUAAAAAGAAACUGGAUGUUAUAAAUUUGUGGAAAUUUUUUUGGAAAAAGACCAGAAUCAGGGAAGGAAACAUAAUACCCAACACAGAGCAGUUUCUGGAAAUAAGCCUGGGCCCAGAACAGAGCUCAUCACUGGAACAAAGACUACUCUGUAGGGGUAGCUAUGCCAGCUGAGUCCUUGGGCUCCAGUCCUACCCCAAACCACAAAAUGAGGGCCUUCAACACACUGAAGCAAUCCCCACCCAAAUUCCACACCAAUUACAUGGGGGGGGGGGGGGGCUAGCUCCACAGCCCUCCUUCUCUCCACUGCCCUGCUGAAAAUACUUUAUUAAUGAGAGGACAGGAUAAAGCCAUGUGCUCUGAGACAAUCCAGAGACAGCAAUCUGGCACCAGCCCCAGGACCGCCUGCCACCUCCGCUCCCCUGAGCCCAGCAGCACCAUGUCACUCGCACACACAGCUGCAGAGUACAUGCUCUCGGAUGCCCUGCUGCCCGACCGCAGGGGACCCCGCCUCAAAGGACUGCACCUGGAACUGCCCCUGGACCGGAUGGUCAAGUUCGUAGCUGUGGGCUUCCCCUUGCUGCUGAUGUCCCUGGCAUUCGCCCAGGAGUUCACUUCUGGGUCUCCAAUCAGCUGCUUCCCUCCUAGUAACUUCAGUGUUCGCCAGGCUACCUACGUGGACAAUUCUUGUUGGGACUCACUGGUUCACCAUGAACAGGAUGAGCCUGGCCAGUUCAAGACAAAAUCUCUUUGGCCACACAAGGCCCUCCCCUACUCCCUGCUGGCUCUGGCCAUGGCCAUGUACCUGCCAGUGCUGCUGUGGCAGUAUGCAGCUGCACCCGCCCUCAGCUCAGAUCUGCUGUUCAUCAUCAGUGAACUGGACAAAUCCUACAAUCGCUCCAUCCGCCUAGUGCAGCACAUGUUGAAGAUCCGGCAGAAGAGCUCCGACCCCCACGUUUUCUGGGAUGAGCUGGAGAAGGCCCGCAAAGAACGAUACUUUGAAUUCCCCUUGCUAGAGCGGUACCUGGCAUGCAAGCAGCGCUCACAUUCACUAGUGGCAACCUACCUCCUUAGGAACGCCCUCUUGCUCCUCUUCACCUCAGCCAUUUAUCUGUACCUUGGCCACUUCCACCUGGAUGUCUUCUUCCAAGAAGAAUUCAGCUGCUCCAUCAAGACAGGGCUGCUAAGCGAUGAGACCCAUGUCCCCAAUCUCAUCACAUGCAGGCUGACCUCCCUGUCCAUUUUCCAGAUUGUCAGCCUCUCCAGUGUAGCAGUAUACACCUUAUUGGUUCCAGUGAUAAUAUACAACCUCACACGGCUAUGUCGAUGGGACAAACGACUCCUAUCCAUCUAUGAGAUGCUCCCAGCUUUUGAUCUCCUCAGCAGGAAAAUGCUGGGAUGCCCAAUCAAUGACCUCAAUGUAAUCCUUCUUUUCCUCCGAGCCAACAUCUCUGAACUCAUCUCCUUCAGCUGGUUGAAUGUCUUAUGUGUAUUGAAGGACACAACCAACCAGAAGCACAAUAUUGACACAGUGGUCGAUUUCAUGACUUUAUUGGCUGGCUUAGAACCCUCAAAACCUAAACAUCUCACCCACCGGGCAUGUGAUGAACACCCAUAGUGAAGAAGUCAUAGAGCAAGGAAUUUUUUGGAAAGUAAGUCUCCUCGUUCCUUCUAUGCCACAAUACCAACACACAAAAAUACCUACUUUGGAAUGGCUAAGCUUGAAUUCAGCUGAAUCCUACAUCGUGUAUCACGUUAUCUAAAGAUAAUAAGAUAUAAUCAAGACAUGGAAAUAUAUAUGAAAGGUAGAGGUGAAGAGUCAGAAGACUAAAAAUUAGAUCUAGUACACUCUUGGAAGGUAAUAAACAUAAAUAAAUGUAGACAUUCUACAAGGAAAGAAGAUUCUAAAGACUAUUUCUGAAGACAGGUUCUUCUCACUAUAUUCACUCUAUGGGCCUUCUAGAAUACAUACUUUGGUUUAUCCCAAAGAGCAAAUAGGGCAACAUGUAAGAGAUUAAUAAAGAUGUGAAACCCCUGGAAACCCUUUGGUGUGACCUAAAAUCCUAGGAAUUUGUGCAGCUUGCUUUGUGGAAGUCUCAAACUUGCCUAGGCCCCCUAUGCUCCUCAAAGUGCACUGGGAGCUAAUAAUGGUUUCAACAUGUAAUCUGCUCGUGGGAUUUAAGGACAGAGUAUAACAAGGUCAGUGGCACUCACCAACUAUGCGUGGAGCCUUGAGGUAUCUAGAUGCACCUUUUAACAUCUAAACUAGAGACUAAUUUCACCAAGGGCUGAGGUUAUGGUCUGUGGACUCCUUCACAACUUUUAAUCGUCCAGGUAAGCUUUUAGUACUCUAGAGGAUACCAUAUCUUCAUUUAUAACCAAUCACUAAAUAGCAAGUACUUUGAAGUAAACACAAUCAACAGUGAAGUACUAUUCAGUACCUUCUCUCUCACCUCUGACUCACCACCCCCAUUUCUUAUACCUCUCACUCCUAUGCAUGGAUUUAAUAGAACUUUGAUCUCACUCCAAAGGCCCUGCUCAGCCCAUAAUACCAUACACGCUCUUAUUUCACAUUUCCUUUUAGAGCUACACAUUAUGUAUUUCUUGAGAAAAUUUGUGCAUUAGGACCUUUAGAUGCCUCUUCAUAUAGGCAAGUAGAAAAGUUAUGUUGCUUUUGACAAAUUCAGAAUGUGUCACCUAAACAAUAAGAUGACUGAUAUGUAGACAUUCAUCAGUGACUUCCUAUCAUCAUUGCAUACAUAUUCAACUCCUUAGCAGGUACACAAGACCUUUCAUGAUCCAAACCAUGUCAUCCCAUGCCAUGACUACUUCAGUCUCUCGUUUGGCUUCUCUACACACACCUGUUUUGCUCUAAUCAAUUACUUGUAGUUCCCAUGUUUCUCGUGAUGCUGAUCCUUUGAAUAUGUUGUUUCCAAGAUGCCUCCUCUAUACUUCACCAGGCCAACAUCUACCUCUCCUUCAGGUCUUCCUAGGAAUAUUUCCUUAAAGAAGACAUUACUAUCUCCUCCCUCCUUUCUUAACUGGGAGCUGCCAGAUCAAACAAAAUCUACCUCUAAAUAAAUGUACUACAUUGUAUUAACACUAUUAAUUUAUUUGUCUGUAUUUCCCUCCUAGACACCCUAAAGGCUGUGUCACAACAGGCACUAAAUAAAUAUCUUUCUGACAAACAAGUGACUCAAUUGGUUGCUCAACAGCAUCACGUUCUUUGGAGCAUCAUGUUUGUUGGAGCACACAACCUAGCCUUUUUCCUAUUGAGAAAAAGCUUUGUGCACAAAGCAACUGACCAAAAAAUCAAGCAAUGUGGAAAUAAUUAUGCAAAAUAUAAUAUAGCCAUAACCAGAAUGCUAGCCAUUCAUUUAAAAUCAUGUUCACAGAGAAGUCUUUAACACUGUUAAAUGAUUAUAAUAAUGGUAAAUGAACAAAAAUAUAUUCUCCAGGACCUAACCUACAUGAAAAUAUUAAACAGGUAUACUAACAAAUGCAAAGUAGUGCUUGCCAAGGAACCCACUACAGAUUUUUUUAAGUGCACUUUGUUUUGUAUGUCCUGAAUUUCUAAAACUUGCAAGCAAUGUUAUAGAAAGUUAAAAAAUAUUUCUAAUGAAGAAGAAACGGUAAACAUUUCAUGCAAAUUCCAUUAAACCACAUUGGCCAGAGUAGCCUGCAAAAUAAGACAAAAAGCACUUCCCUUACCACUAGAUAUGACACAUGUACAUGAAAAUCAAUGAUUCAAAUUAGCUCAGACCCCAAAGUAUACAAGGACAACAUAUAGCUGGACAACAAAUACACUGAGUAAUUAGCAAAUAAGAUUUGGAGGAGGGGGGGAGGAGAAGGAAGGGGAGGGGGACAUCUUCCUAUUACAGGGACCAUUUAGAUUCCAAGGUAAAGUGUCAGUCUAUAUUAUCAAAGACAUUAGUGUGGGUAUUCUGUGAGCUGAAAAUAAUUCUGGCUAUUUCCAGAAAUGAAUCUAUGUGGUUAUCCUCAGCAUGUUUGUAAAGGCAAACUUGACAUCCUAAAGAAUCGAACUAUUAAAAAGUCCAACAAGCACAACUUACAUAUGGAUGGUCAUAAAAGGACUUCCAGAAGCAUUCUCUCUGUAUUAAAACCAUCUUACAGAGUGCCUGUAAUUUCAGAAAUAAAGUACC